AUGAGGGUGCUACAAAACAAGGAUGUUAACGUGAUUCGCCCUUCAUAUAGGGGAAAGAGCAAGAGCAAAGCGGAGCCCUCAAAGGUCAAAAAAAAUAGGCCACCUAAAACUCAAAACCUGGAGGAGUGCUUUGAGGCAUCCCAGAACCAGGAAUUGACCCAAAGCUUUUGUACUCCCCGGGAUUUAAUAGAAAAACUAGACUCAGAAAAGCUCCAGCAAUCGCCGAGGAAACCCAAUCCGGCAGUCGCUCCAUCAACAGCACCAGCAGAAGUGACGCCGUCACGGAGCUCGCACAAUUUAACGCAGUAUGCAAUUGAUCAGCUUCAGUACAGAAUAUGUGAAAAAGAGAUGGAAGUUGGCGUUUGUGGCCAUCCAUUCUGUCACGCCCUCAGGGCUGUCAAAUUGCCACUGAAUGAGUUUCGUAAUCUUCUUCUUUUUGAAUUCGAGAUGAUACCCCCGCAGAGUGAGCUAGAACUUCGUAACUUGCGUGACACCUGCUACGCUGCGAAAGUUUAUGGUAGCCUUCUGCCUGAUUGGAGGCUGAAAAGCGGAAUCGAUCCAGAAGAUAACAGCCAGGACUUUAUGUUGUCUCAACUGUUUAUUGGAAUGCCUUCAGAAAAAGCGAUAAACUCGGAAACGAACCAUGCUUGGUUCGGCAACAGCGACAGGGUUUCAAGCAGACGUAGCUUGAUGCCCAACUCUUCAUUAGCACUUAGAAACCGCCAGGAGGUUUUCAAAGAGUCAGUUAACCCAGCAGAGCUGUUAAAGGACUCUUCGCCUUCUGAUUCUUUCAACGGUGAUGACCAGCUACUUAGCCCUUUUCCUAGCCACCACCAUGGAAAGCUAAAUUGCAUUCUCAAGCGGGACCAGCGCGAAAUGAACCCGCAGGAGAGCCGCCAAAGUUGCGCAUUGAGAAGUUUACAGCACCAUAACUCAGAGUAG